CCUCAGGAAGGCGGACCCCCCCGUCCUCGGGGGCGGAGCCACAAGGGUCAGCCACGCCCUCCUGCUGCUGGCUCCGCCCCCCGGUCCCCGGGGCCUGCGGCGCUGCUCGGCCGCGGCCGGCUCUUCUCCCUCCGGUCGGAGCGACGCGCCCGGGAAUCCUUUUCGUAUAUGGAUCAGCAUUCUAGUGAUGUUGAAACUGGAAAAAGACAACUCUAAGCAAGCCCAGGAUGCAUCGGGUGCCAAAUGAUGCAGAAAAUGCUCACAGUAGCAGUGUGGAAUCCUGCCCGUCCUUGCGAGAUGUCCACUCCAUCAACCCAGCGCAGCUGAUGGCAAGGAUUGAGUCCUAUGAUGUCAGAGAGAAGAAGGGAAUAUCGGAUGUCAGAAGGACUUUCUGUUUGUUUGUCACAUUUGAUCUCUUAUUUGUAACGUUGCUGUGGAUAAUAGAAUUAAAUGUAAAGGGAGGCAUUGAGACUACCUUAGAGAAAGAAGUUCUACAGUAUGACUAUUCUUCUUCAUAUUUUGAUAUAUUUCUACUGGCAGUCUUUCGAUUUAAGGUGUUAAUACUUGCAUAUGCAAUGUGCAGACUGCGCCAUUGGUGGGCAAUAGCUUUUACAACAGCGGUGACCAGUGCCUUUUUAUUAGCAAAAGUAAUUAUUUCACAGCUGUUCUCACAGGGUGCUUUUGGCUAUGUGCUGCCCAUCAUAUCCUUCAUACUUGCCUGGAUUGAAACCUGGUUCUUGGACUUCAAAGUGUUACCACAAGAAGCUGAAGAAGAAAACAGAUUUCUAAUAGCGCAGGAUGCUUCGGAACGAGCAGCUCUCCUUCACCCAGGAGUCCUGUCUGAUGGGCAGUUCUAUUCUCCUCCUGAAUCUGUAGCGGGAUCUGAUGAGGACUCUGAAGAAAAACAAGACAGUGAAAAACCAGUUGUAUAGCAAAUAUGGAAAAGCAG